UAGCAAACCAUUUUCACUUUUACAUCCAGAUAAUAAUUAUUAAAUUUUACUGGUUGUUUAAACUAUACUGUAAUAAAAACAUUAUGGUAGUAGCGAUGGAAAUGGUAUCGGAAUUGAAUGUCCAAAAACUGGACGGAAUGAUUGGCAAAGGGGGAGUAGGACUCGACCAGACCAUACAAUCGGUGGACAUAUCGUGGUUAAAUAUUGAGGUGUUCACCACAGUGACCAAGAGCAUGUAUAAUUGUUAUAAAACUGUUAACAUGCCCAAACAACUUAUUUUUAACGUGUCGGGUGAAGUAAAGGCCGGCCAGUUGUUGGCUAUUAUGGGCUCCAGUGGCGCCGGAAAGACAACUCUAUUGAAUGUAUUGACGACCAGAAAUCUAGGAAAGCUUGCGGUCAACGGAGAGGUGCUAUUGAAUGGACAGGCAGUGAGUCCGGAGAAUAUGGCGUCCAUUUCCUCGUAUAUUCAACAGCACGACAUGUUUUACCCGUUGCUUACCGUCAGAGAACAUCUCAGUUUUCAGGCAUUGUUGCGAAUGGACGGCAGUUUGACUAAUGAGGAGAGAAAUGAAUGCGUGGAGCAUAUGAUUAAGAAGUUUAAUUUAAUGAAAUGCGCGAAAACUAAAAUUGGGGGCAAAUUUGCGUUCAAAGGUAUUUCCGGCGGCGAAAUGAAACGCUUGGCCUUUGCUUCAGAGGUUUUGACAAACCCUUCACUCAUGUUUUGUGAUGAGCCGACGAGUGGUUUGGACUCAUUUAUGGCCGAAAAUAUUGUACAGACACUGAAGACAAUGGCAUCGGAGGGACGGACUAUAAUUUGUACUAUACAUCAGCCCUCGUCUCAGGUCUUUGAGCUUUUUGAACAUCUCUUACUUAUGGCCGACGGAAGGGUUGCCUUUAUGGGCAAACGAACCGAAGCGCAGCAAUUUUUCUCGUCCAUCGGUUACGCAAUUUGUGACGAGUUUCAAGAGUCGUCUUUCGGCACAGAAAUGUCUGCCGAAACGUUGGCCUUAAAUAAAUCAAAUAAUAAUAUUAAGGCCAUUGAAGUGGCCGUCGGUUCGGACAACUAUCGAGUGGGCGUUUUUCGCCAAUCGGUGGCCUUAUUUUGGCGCACAUAUGUGCUAACCAUACGUAACCCCCGAUUCUUGCGUGGUCAAUUGUUUCGAGCCAUUAUUAUGGGUCUAAUGAUGGGCACUAUAUUCUAUAAACAAGGUGCUAAUUUGGCCGGCAUUCAAAACAUUAACGGUGCGAUUAAUAUAAUUACCCAGAAUAACGCUAUGAUGACCAUGAUGCUUUCCAUUACGACCUUCUGUAUGGACACCGCUAUACUGUGUCGCGAACACCACAACCGUAUGUUUGCUAUUUUCCCGUACUUUAUAGCCACUGUCAUUAUUCAGUUCCUGAUGUUUAUAACAAUCUCGAUCGUUUUUGUGGUCCUACUCUACUAUAUGAUUGGUUUCUACCCGACGGCGACCGCGUUUUUUAGAUUUAUUUGCACCACAGUAUUGAUGUGCACCAGUUAUGCGAUAUCGAGCCUAUGUUCUACAUUUCAAAUGGCCAGCACUGUGCUUGGUGCUUUUAUUUCGCCGUUAGUACUGUUGAGUGGUUUCUAUGUGAACACCGGAUCUGUGCCUAAAUGGUUGGUUUGGGCGAAAUACCUGUCGUUCAUAUACUAUGGCUAUGAGUCCAAUGUUGUCACGCAAUGGAUUGAAGUGACGGACAUUCCGUGCAAUUUAGAGCCCGAUUCGACCAACACUUGCUUCCAGAAUGGGGUGCAAGUGAUUGAGGCCCAGAACUUCACAGUCGACAGCUUCUACAUCGACUCCCUGGCCAUGACUGGCAUGACUUUGGCCUACCUUUUCAUCACAUACUUAGGCCUACUCUGGAAGACCAGAAAGAAUUGAUUAUUUCAACCAUUAUUUUGUUAUUAUUUAGUAAUUGUUAAGUUAACUGUC